AUGCUGCGUUCCUUGCUUUCCUUGGGCCGCACAGGCACCAACGACUACCUCUUUCCCAAAGUGGAUCCCAAACAGGACGGCCCCGAAUGUUUAAAGGACUGCGCCGACUGCACAGUGAAGUUUCCGUCAAAAGUCAAAGUCGAGACCUCAAGACCUCUUUAUGGCCAAAUCAAAGAAUUUCACGCCCAUGUUCUCGUGGCAACGGGGCAAUCCGACUGGAAGGAAAAACAUGUCGAAAACGUGACAGGAAGUCUGAUGGAAGCAUUCGAUGAGGCAAAAUCAGAUCAUGGUCGCAUUAUGGUCUCAGCAUCAAAUCUCACUCCUCCAGAACAACCAAUCACAGACGAGAGUACCAACCAAGCCACCACAGUACUAAUUCUACCAUCAUUCACUUACGUCGACUCCGUCACACAACCAGACGUUCCAGAUCUGAUCAACCGAUAUAUCGACCACCCCAUCGACCAGCCAAAUGAAAACGGCGGCGUCUCUCCCGCCAAUGGGAUAAGCGCUCGACCCUGUGAACUUGACUACGUGAUACUACUGUGCUCGCACGGACGCCGAGAUGCGCGCUGCGGUAUUACAGCACCAUUGAUUAAGCGCGAGUUGGAGCGACAUCUGCGUCCGCUGGGACUGGACCGGGAUGCGGAUGACUCCCGGGCUGGCGGAGUGGGCAUCUUCUUCGUAUCGCACGUCGGCGGGCACAAGUUCUCUGCGAAUGUUUUGAUUUAUCGCAAGAAGGAUCAGCAGAUGAUUUGGCUUGCGCGUGUACGGCCUGAGGAUUGUGAGGGCAUUGUUAAGUACACUGUUCUACAGGGCAAGGUUGUGCAUCCUGAGUCACAGUUGAGGGGUGGGUUUGAUCGGGUGAAAGGGUUGACGAGUUGGUAA